AAAAAAAGAAGAAGAAGGAAGAAGAUGCAAAAGAAGCUUAUCCUAUCGGUUUGUGAAACAACUGCCAGCCAGCUAGCUCCCUCCCUGUUUUAUCCAUGGCGUCGUCCCUGCUCUUUCUUCCACCAACCCCACCUCUCAGCUUCCCUUCUUCUUCUUUCAAGGGAAAUGCGAGAAACUUGGGGCAAAAACUGUGUAGCAUUCCCUCCGUCAGGGUGACCGGAGCUACAGAAAGAAGACCACUGGUGAUUGUGAACAAGGCGGCGUCGUCCACGGUCGGGGCUUCGGUCGGCAAUGUACGGUUCAGGCUGGAUAAUUUGGGCCCUCAACCCGGGUCCAGAAAAAAGGGCAAGAGAAAGGGAAGAGGUAUAGCAGCCGGGCAAGGGAACAGCUGCGGGUUCGGUAUGCGGGGACAGAAGUCUCGGUCCGGACCCGGCGUCCGCCCCGGAUUUGAAGGCGGUCAGAUGCCGCUUUACCGUCGACUUCCCAAACUGAAGGGAAUUGCUGGAGGUAUGAGUGCUGGGCUGCCCAAGUAUGUCCCUGUUAACUUGAAAGACAUAGAAGCCGCGGGGUUUCAAGAAGGCGAAGAAGUGUCGUUGCAAACUUUGAAGAACAAGGGCUUGAUCAACCCAUCCGGAAGAGAGCGGAAACUCCCUUUGAAGAUUCUUGGUGAUGGGGAGCUGAGUGUGAAGCUGGAUAUAAAGGCUCGUGCCUUCUCAGCAGCAGCGAAGGAGAAACUUGAGGCUGCUGGCUGCAACCUCACUGUAUUGCCUGGUAGGAAGAAGUGGGUAAAGCCAUCAGUUGCCAAGAACCUUGCACGUGCUGAUGAAUACUUCGCCAAGAAACGAGCUGCUGCUGCUGCAGCUGCUGCAACCGAAUCUGUAUCUGCAUAGACCACUUCAUAGUCAGCCUGUACGAGACUGUAGGUGAAGUAGUGCAUGGUAACAAUUUUUUAGGCAUGUUAAUCUUCUUUCCUGUUAUUAUCAUUUUACCUUAUGUGGAAUUAUAGCGUAACGUUUGGCUAUUGUUAUACAACGUGAGAAGUAAUAUUUGUCAAUCCUUGAAUUGGCCGUGA